UGCCAAUAUUGUCAUGACAAUCCCAAGAAAAAUACAGAGAAAAUAAGACCAUUGACCCAACCGCAUGCAUGCAUCCUCACCUAGAAAAUGCAUUGAAUACUUCAAACAUCCUGCCAAAACCAAAGACGCCGGGCCCACUUUCCAGUCAAACAUGACGACGGGCUGCGCCGCACCAUCCCCAGCCCGAGCCGCCCCGCGCACUCUCCCUCUCGCUCGCCUAUUUAUGCCGGCGCCACCGCCCACCGGCUUCCAUCCACCCACCACAACCACAUCCUCACCGGCCUUCCACCGCCGCCUCGCCUCGCCGGAGUACAACCACCGCCACCAAGACCAAGAUGGGCUCGCGGUACGAGGUGGAGGUGACCGUGGGCUCCGCCCGCGACCUCAAGAACGUCAACUGGCGCAACGGCGACCUCAAGCCCUACGCCGUGCUCUGGAUCGACGCCGGCGCGCGCUGCUCCACCCGCGUCGACCUCGAUAACGGCGACAACCCCAGCUGGGACGAGAAGGUCGUCGUCCCGCUCCCGCCCGCCAGCCGCCUGGAGGACGCCGUGCUCUACAUCGACGUCGUCCACGCCAACGCCGCCGAGGGGGUCAAGCCGCUCGUCGGCUCGGCCCGCCUCCCGCUCCGCGACGUCGUCGACGACGCCGGCGUCGGGGGCAAGGUGUCGAGGAACCUGAGGCUGAAGCGGCCCUCCGGGAGGCCCCAGGGGAAGCUUGACGUCCGCGUCGCCGUCAAGGAGCCGGCCAGGUACUACGACUCCAACGUCCCUGGUGGCUACCCGGCGCCCGCCGGGUACGGCUCCUCCCGGGAUGCGUACGGUGGUGGGUAUGGUGCCGGAGCUGGCCCGUACGGCGCCGCGGCGGGGGCCGGAGGCUACGGCGCGUACGCGGCCGCGGCGCCUCCGUCGGGGUACCCGGGCUACGGCUCCACCGCGCCGCCUCCCCAGGCUGCCGCAGCACCGUACGGCGCCGCUCCACCGCCCUACGGCGCCGCGCCCCCGACCCAGGGAGCGGGCGGGUACGGCUCCUCUGUUCAGCCGGCAUACGGCGCCGCGCCCCCGACCCAGGGAGCGGGCGGGUACGGCUCCUCUGCUCAGCCGGCGUACGGCGGCGCGCAGCCGGGUCAGGCGGCGGGGUACGGUGGCACGACGGGCGUGGGCCUGGACCAGAGCGGCGGGAAGACGAAGAAGAAGGGGAUGGGGAUGGCGGGCGGGCUGGCGGUGGGCGCGGCGGCGGGCGUGCUGGGCGGGCUGGCGCUGGCGGGCGGGGCGAGCUACGUGGAGCAUAAGAUCGAGGACCACGUGACGGAGCGCGUGGAGGAGGACAUGUACCGCGGCGGUGGGUACGACGACUACGGCGGCGACGACGACUACUAGUACUAGAGCAACCAUGGAUCGUCGUUCCCGGGGCCAUGCAUGAAUGAAUCUUUAUGUUGUUUUCUGCGCGUGUAUGAUGUUGAGGGUGAGGGUUGAGAAGAAGAGAGGUUAUUUUCUUGUGCGUAUCAUCAAGAGAUGAAACUCAGAUCGUUGAUCUUGCAUACAUUUAGUUUUGUUAAUCUCCAUCCAUGCAUGCAUGCAUGCAUGUGGACGAGAAUCGGGUUGAAUGAAUUUCUUCUUGGUGCAA